UCUUUCUUCUCUUCAUUCAUUCUUUUAUAUAUAUAUAGACUCACUCACUAAACUCAAAAAUGAGAUAAUCAGAACAAUAAAACUAAAAACCCAAUUUAGUACUGAAGAAUCAUCGAUCAUGGUGAUGAUGAGGAACUUGGUAUUAUUCUUCCUAAUAACAUUAUUGGUAGUGGGGAUUGUUCGUAUAGAGGCAACCGCAGGCUUUAACUAUGCGGAUGCACUUGACAAGAGCUUGAUGUUCUUCGAGGCACAAAGGUCUGGUAAGCUACCGUCACAGGACCAGCGAGUCAAGUGGCGUAGUGACUCGGGACUCAGAGACGGACUGGCUCAAGGGGUGGAUUUGGUUGGAGGGUAUUAUGAUGCAGGGGAUCACGUCAAGUUUGGUCUACCAAUGGCGUUUACUGCAACAAUGCUUUCAUGGGGAGUAAUUGAUUACAGGAAGGAAAUCAAAAGUUUGGACCAAAUGGGACAUAGUUUAAGGGCCAUUAGAUGGGCCACUGACUACUUCAUCAAGGCACAUCCUAAUCCUAAUGUUCUCUGGGCACAGGUGGGAGAUGGGGAAUCUGAUCACUACUGUUGGCAACGUGCUGAAGACAUGACCACUUCAAGAACAGCAUACAAGCUAGACGAAAACCACCCCGGUUCAGACCUCGCUGGUGAGACCGCCGCAGCCUUGGCUGCAGCCUCCAUAGCUUUCAAACCUUACAACUCUUCCUACUCAAGCCUCCUCUUGUCUCAUGCAAAACAGCUUUUCACAUUUGCUGAUAAAUUUAGAGGCUUAUAUGACGAUUCUAUCCCUAAUGCCAAGCAAUUCUACACCUCCUCAGGCUAUUCUGAUGAGUUGUUAUGGGCUGCUGCGUGGCUUUACCGAGCAACCAAUGAGGAAUAUUACUUGAAGUACGUAGUGGACAAUGCUGUGUAUAUGGGGGGAACAGGCUGGGCAGUGAAAGAGUUUUCUUGGGAUAACAAGUAUGCUGGUGUACAAAUCCUUCUCACUAAGAUAUUGUUGGAGGGCAAAGUUGGCGGUGCCUACACUUCCACACUCAAACAAUACCAAGCCAAAGCUGACUACUUUGCCUGUGCUAUGCUCCAAAAGAAUGGUGGUUACAAUGCCCACUUAACUCCUGGUGGACUGUUGUAUGUGCGUGAAUGGAACAACAUGCAGUAUGCCACUUCAGCUGCAUUUCUUCUAGCUGUUUACUCAGACGUCCUAGCUGCAAAAAAUUCUAAGCUCACUUGCCCAGAUGGCCAAGCUCAACCUAAAGAGCUUCUCAACUUUGCUAAAUCACAGGCUGACUAUAUUCUUGGUAAGAAUCCAAAGUCCAUAAGCUACUUGGUUGGGUAUGGACCAAAAUAUCCAAUCCAUGUACACCACAGGGGCUCCUCCAUACCUUCUGUGUUCAAUUACCACUCUAUGGUUGGAUGUGUGCAAGGGUUUGAUUCAUGGUACCGACGAUCGGAGGCAAAUCCAAAUGUCGUCUAUGGAGGCCUUGUGGGAGGUCCUGACGAGAACGAUGGCUUCUCAGAUGACAGAUCUAAUUAUGAACAAACUGAGCCUACAAUCUCUGCUGGUGGCCCACUUUUAGGCCUCUUCUCUAAGUUGCAAAUUACCUUUAAUGAAAUCCCAAGUUCUAAGUAUAGAGACUCGCCAAUUUCCCCCAAAACAACACCAGCACCAGCACCAACUACAUAUUCUCAGAGUGAGACAACAGAACCCAACCAAAACAAAGAUGCCACUCCUCUCAAGUUGGUUCACUCAAUAACCAGUACAUGGAAUGUUGGACAUGAAACAUACUACAGACACAAGGUGGUGAUCAAGAACACAUCAAGGAAGAAGAUAACAAGUCUCAAGCUUGCAAUUCACAACCUUACAGGGUCAUUGUGGGGUCUUUCUCCAAGUAAAGAAAAGAACACCUACGACCUCCCACAAUGGAUCAAAGUCCUCAAACCAGGAGAGCAGUGCAGUUUUGUCUAUGUACAAGGAGGUCCUCAAGCCAAAGUCACCAUUCUAAGCUACCAUUAGCCAAUUACCCACCAACGAAAAAAAAAAGGCAUAGAGAUGAUUUUGCCCUGUUUUCACCUUUGGUCGGAAUUAGUACAUGUUUCUUAGAAAGACUAAUUUUGUAUGAAAACUGACAGAAAAGACAAACCGAUGUAGAUUUUAUGAUACUAUUUCACUGGUAAAUGAACUCAACCAAAUGGCUAAAUUGACGUCUA